CAAGCUCAGAACGCUUCUAUAUAGGGAAUCGGAACCUAAGUUGCCCAGCCAAGUAUAUACAUAUACUUGGCCAAUCGAAAUCUAUAGCUUAUCAGUGCUGCUGAAAAUCAGAGUCCAGCUGGCUAAGCCCGCUCAAAAUUCGGCAACAGUACAGUCGUACGCCUUCAAGUGAUCGCAAGUGGAGAGCUCUUCAGUUAUAUUUUUUUUUUUGUGGUUUCUAAUCCAAAAAAACCGGAUCCUUAAAAUCCUUAAAACAAAAGUGAUGGCAGCAAAAAGAAUGGAUUUAAAUAAACGCACCUUUUUGGUGCUGAGCGGCAGCUCAAAUCCUUUGGGUCAAUCCCUGGCCGCGGAGUUUUGUCGUCGCCUGGCCACUGGUUCCUUGGCUCUGAUUCUGGAUGACGAUCAGGAGCAGCUACACGAACUGGAGAAUCAUCUUAAAAGCGAGCUGAAAACGGAGAAUGUUAAGAUAAAGACUGGAAAGUUGGACAAAACUCACUCGAAUGGCGUGCAGCUUAUGGAGCAGACUUUGAAGGAUCAUUUCAAAGAUUCGAAGGACAAUCAACGUUUUGAGAGAUCUAUAAUCCUUCACAACGAAGGACAGGCCGCUACUCAUGUGCUCUUGGAACCUCAGAGCACCGAGGAUUGGGAGGCGUAUGUCCAGCAACAACUCUAUGCUCCGGUGGCCCUCAAUCAAAUGUGGCUGCAAUCGAAGUAUCUGGAGAAGGUGGAGAAACUGGCGGUGAAUGUGACUUCGUCCCUAAUGGUUCGUCCCUUGGUCCAUGCGGGAUUACUGUGCUCCUGCAAGCGGGCCAGGGAUAUGUAUUUCCGAGCUAUGGCCGCCGAAGAGUAUCGCUACGGUGUCCAUGUCCUCAGCUUUUCACCCGGACUAAUGGCCAGCCAUGAGAGUCAGUGCGAUGUCAACGGUAACCGGAUUACUCCUGCCGAUCUGGUUGCCUCCAAGGAGUUACUCCAACUGCCUAGAAUCCAACCGAGACAGGCAACUCUGAAGUUGAUCAACAUUCUGGAGGAGAUCUCCUUUGUUUCCGGGCACGAUGUCGACUACUACGACACCUUUGUUUUAUGAGUAGCAUCGAGUGGGUGGGCUGCGUCCCUGAUGGACUCGGUUCUGUUUCUGGCUGACGAUUUGGAUGCUGUUUUCGAUUUGAUUGCCUUGGAAAUGAAUAAAUUCUGGUUAAUGACCCUGGAUUUAAACCUGGAAGUGCACGAAAACCAAGCACACGAACAGGAAAACGAAAAA